AUGGGCAACAAUAUAAGCGAAGAAGCUCGUAACGAUCAAAAAAAUUUUUCCCGAUCAUCAAACUUGGAUCAAUUAGGACAAAAAUUCAGAGUGUAUAUUCAUAGACGAAAUAAGAUUUAUCAUGCUUUUUUGAGAAUAACCCCAGAAGAUAUCAUUCUUGAAAAGUCGAAAUCAGACGUAAUCUCUUGGCCUCUUCAGCUUAUUCGUAGAUAUGGCUAUACUUCCGCGGGUGUUUUUUUCUUCGAGAGUGGUCGAAGAUGUUUGACAGGAGAAGGCCUACAUUGUUUUCAAACACAAAGUGCUGACUUUAUCUUCCAGCUCGUACAGAAAUAUAUAAAAGAUAAUGCUGAUAUCAAAAAAAAUGAAAUGCUUAAAAGAACAGAGAGAUCUCGUAGUACAGGGCCAGUAGUAACAACAUGCAUGUCUUCCCCAUCCCGUAUCAACACUAUCCAGAGGUUCGGAAGUGAAGGUUGUGGGAUAUGUACUGAUUUUUUAUCAGAGCCCAGUAGCUAUAAUUCGUAUCCUAAAACUGCUCCUGCAGGAUAUAGGUUGCGUAAAGUGUUCAUGCCUCAUCCCCCUAGAGCAAGAAGUGUUGGUGACGAGGACUUUGAUCCUCAUCGGUUAACUUCAGAGCAUUUCCAUUCACAGCAAAUUUCUAAGCCUACUGAUUCAGCGAUUGUUGGUAAUAUCAUAUCAGAAUCUCAUAACCCAACGCUGAAUGAUACCGUGGCGAGUGACAGCUUACCACCUAGGGCAAAUUCUGUAGGGAGCAGAUUUUCUGUUAACUCUGCCACUCUUUCUCAUUUCCCAUAUGUCAAUAUGGCUUUACACGAGGGAGGUUCCGCUGCAUCCCUGAACGGUAACGUCAACAAUAAGCCGUUGACACCUCCCACAACACCAACAACUACUGUUUUUCCGCUCAAAUGGGAUGCUGGAGCAGGAGCUACAAACAUUUUAUGCUUUGCUAGGCCGUCUCCCUCUAAAAGCGAACCUGCGGAUAAGAGCGGUGCGACCACUCUAUCCCGUUAUGUAAAUCUUUCUGAGGUUGGAUCGCGAACUCUCAUGGAGAAGGAAUGUCCUCCUCCCGUUCCCCGUUUAAACUACGCAGACGUCAGUACAAAUGAAGAUAGGACGUCUGGCAGAAGUUUAUCUAUUGGGAAAAAGGCUGAUGUGGAAUUCUCUCGACUUAACUACGCUCAAAUUGAUGCAGAAAAAACCAGGGCUUUGCAGGCCGCUGCUUAUACGGAGCAACGCUGUGGUAAUGGAGUGAAACGUAGAAAUGCUACAAGCUCAUAA